UACAUGGAUUGUAAGAGGGCAGUCACAAUGCAGGGCAAGGUCUCAUCGUGUUUUGCUGCAGGAGGCAGGACAGGGAAUCUGGACUUACUUGGGGGUGCAAUUCUCUAAUAACCUUCUUCACCAUGAAGACAUUUUGCUUGAGAGGCUCUGUGGCUUCAGGUGGCACAAGGGGUCUGUGUAACCUCAUUGUAGUACAACAACUUCCAGCCAAGACCUGAUUUUGCAGGGAAUGAGAGUUCUGAGCAAUUGUGUGUGCAGUGAAAUGCUUCUCUGCAGCAAGCAAACUGAAAGGAAUUAGCUUCAACACUUUUGCUCUUUUUGUUAUCUGGGUGGAAGAAACAAUCAGGAUGGCUUCUACAAAUAAAAUAAAUUCUGCAGUGAGAAUUCAAAAUAUAUUUUGCCCUGAAGGUGGAGUCUGCAAGCAUGGAUUCCUCGUCAAGUCACCACCUCAUCAACUUUUCAGCUCACAGAAUUCCUGGAAAAGGCGCCUGUUUGUCCUGUCCAAGUCCAGCACAGGGAAUUACAUCCUGAAGUAUCUAAAAGGCCAGCACAUAAAAGGCUCCAUUGCUGUUGAUCAAAUCAUAAGUAUUCAAGUUGGCAUAAGUAAUGCUGAAAUUAUGGAUACGGUGAGGAAGAUGUUUAAAUGCCUUCCUGAGCAGGUGAUGUCCAUCAUCACUGGAAACAGAUGUUACUACCUCAUUGGGGACAGCAGGCAGGAAAUAGACGACUGGGUCACUCUGGUAUCUUCAGUCUGCAGGGAGGACAAAAGUGGAUGCUGCCCUCAGAACCAAGAUCUUCCAAAUGCAGAAGUCAAAAGCCGGACUUCCUCUUUGCCACCAUCCUUGAAUUCCAUAGAUGUGGCCAGCCUUCCAGACAAGCCAAGCUACCAGAAGGAGAAUGGUUCCUCAGAAGACAAGAACAGGCCUUAUUCAGAUCCUGGCCCCCAUCAGGCUCAGUGUGACUCACCAAGAGUUCUUCCAAGCCCGCAGGAUAAAAUUCUGGGAAGAAGUGAGGAAAACCUGCUGUUGUCAGAUCCAGAGGAAAACAUGAAAAAGGAUGAAGAAGAUUAUUACCAAACUCCCAGCAAUGUUUUAGCUAAGUGCACUACUGAAGUACCAAAGCCUGACCCUACAGCUGAGUCUGAUGUCCCUGUGCAAGAGGAGCCAGUGCAGAAGAACCCAGUAAAGGAGAACAUUUAUAUGUCAAUGAAAUCACUUAAGCUGCUGGAUGAGACAUGCCAGCCCACAUGCAGACGUGAUGGGCUCCCAUCCCCUCCCAAAUGCCAGAACAACAGUGCAUGUCCAAGAGACUUGGAAGCAGACAAAGACACAAAAUUCCCAGAAAGCAGCACCAGCCUGCAGCCAGCCCUCCAGAAAAGGCAAAGCUCAGUACCCCUCUCAGUGGUUCACCUGUCUAUACUGCUCAGUCAAGUUACAGAUGAGAUGCAGGUGCAGAAAUUGGAUAUCUUCGUACCCCUGGCUGAUAUCAACAGUUACCUAAAGCUUACUGAAGCAGCAGGACGAAUAUGCAUCUCACAGUGGGCUGGUCCUCGCAGGCUGGGGUGUUUGUUUAACCACGGAGACCAUGUGGUGGCUGUGAAUGAUCUGCAGCCCCAGGGUGUGGAGGAGGCUUACUUCUUCAUCAGCAGGUCCACGAGAAAGGAGGUGAAACUUACUGUAUGUAGGAUUCCACAUUCAGAUACCUUCCAUGCUAAAGGCUGCUCAUGUUCCUGAAAAAAAAAAGACCUCAAUGAUUAAGUAAGUGCCAACACUCAAGAGAAAAGAUCAGGGAGGAGAAGGUGAUAUAUGUAGAGAUAAUCAUUUUCUUGAGCUGCCAGACAUCUUCUGCUGCUGAAGUACAAAGCACGGAGAAUGUGGAUUUCGAUUUAUGUCCUAAUAACUUAUUUUGUGGCAUGAAUGGCAUGUGUUUGGCUUAUAUUUCAUGUCGCCCUGUAUUUCUGUCACACGGAAGAAAAUGAGGGUUAGAUAAUUUACCUGACCUUUGCGCUGUGUAUAUUUUUCAUUUCAGCAGGAAAUACUGGUUUGUGCCUCUGCUCACCUCUUUACACUGAGUUACAAUGGUUUAUUAGUGAACUCCUAAGCAGCUAGAGGUGGGCAAACAACCAGCAUUUGGACUAAAGCUGUGUUUUCCCUGGGUUGCCCUUAGCUACUGAAAGGCUUAGGUGAGCUAGGAGCUGCAGUGUUGGAGGAAAGGCUGGUGUAUAAAAUGUUGUGCAGUGAUUCAGUGGAGUCUCCUUUAGUGUUAUGCCCCUCUUAUGAUACAGCCACAAAAGUGCAUCCAAGGGAUGGCAGGAAGAAGAGCUGGUUGGAGAAAGGAUGUGUCUGGAGCACCUUUGGGUUCAUUGACAGCCAAGAUAAGCCCUAAGUGAGAAAGCAAUUCAUGGAUUUGGGAGAGAGAAGGGCUGACCUGCUCUGUGAAAAGUAAAGCCAGCUGGUGCAACUUAAUUCAGUAGCAAAUUUGACAAAUUUGCUGGACUUAAAAAAAUAUAGUUAUAAAAUUUUAUUCAGCUGAAGAUGAAAACAGCAUCAGUAACUCAAAACAGACAAACACAAAUAUGUAUAUAAUCUCUUCAGAUUCAGCUUCUUUUCAAAAGAUUAAUUUCCAGACUGAAUGUUUCCACAGCCUGUCACUUCUGCCUUUGAGAUAAGAGUGUUCAGGACAUGCUUGUUUCUCAAGGUGGAAAGGAUCACAUUUUGAUUUUUCUGUUUCAGUGGUGUUCAAAGGCCUGUUUGUGCUGAAUUCUGCAUAAAUACAGAGGGAACUCCCAGUUCUGGAACUACAGAGGCUGAAAAUAUAAAACACAUUCCUUGGGAGCUCUUCUCCAAAGCUGCUGUGGGAGUCCCAUGCUCUGCACUGCUGCUUUGAGCACAGCAAAUGCAUUUCUGCCUAAGGAGCCCCCGAGGGAUGGGAUGGCUGGCUGUCACCAUCCAGGACUUCUUCCAGUCCUGAAACUCUGUCAGUCUGCUAUGACAGUCCUCACGGCCUGAAUCCUAAAAUCAGAGAUCACCUACUUCAAGAGCAUCUACUGAGAAUUUCAUCCUCAGCCUUUCCUGGCCAAAGUUUGCCUCAGCUCUUCUGAACUUUGGAAAAGGAAAGUCCAAACUUUUCUGUGUUCCUCCAAGGCUCAAUCUCUGUAAAAUCAGGAAGUUAUUUUCUAAUAUUUAUCCUAGACAAAUUUUUCAGAAAAUUAACAUGACUUUUUUCUUGCCCUGUUUUCAGUGGGCAGAGGGAACAUUUGGAUUGCCACUGUCUGCACAGAAAUCUUCAUUGUGGAAGAUAUUUUUUCUAUUCUCCCUUCUCUUUUUCUUAGACCAAACAUCCUCCAUUCUUCCAUCAUUCUUUCAAACGGAUCCUGAAAAUGGUAAUGCGAGACAAAUACCUUGUGUUUCCAGUUAUGGAUGAACCAAGGAGGUGAGAAAUUGAAAUUUAAAGAAUUCAAUUCAAAUUGAAUUCAAAGAAUUCAAAUUCUUUUUGAAUUUCAUCAGAAAGAAAUCCAAAGCCAUGAAGCAAUUUCCUAGAACUUUAGAGAAACAUUUCUCCAAAGAGGUGAAUUAGUGAGGAAGAUCCCCCAUGGUGGUGGGAGAAGAGCCACCUCCAUGGAACCUGCUGCUGAAGCAGAUGCUGAGCACUGCAUGCUGCACCUCUCAGCCAUGGAAGAAUGAUACUUUUGGACAAAAGCAGCAUUUAGUUAGAUAUAGCAUGUACAGAAUAAUUCCAGAAUGUUUUAGAGAACUGGGGGAUUACUUCUGUGCUUCAGUAAACAGUUACAGAUGUGUGACUCCAUAAUUGAUCAUUAUGUCAGUUUGCACUGUGCUAAAUGCAGAUAAUUAAUGUCACAUAUUGGCUGAUUCAUAACACUUACAGAGACAAUAUGGAAAUGACAUUGGUACAGUAAAUUCUGGUAGGGUGUGUGAAGCUGUCUGCCCACAUAUGAUUAAUAAAUGUCCUAACACUUUACAACACAUUGUAUGCAGCAAAACACCUCAUUUUCUCCUAACAUGGCCCCUCCUUGCCCUGCAAAGAUUACCUGUAACUUCCCAGUAAUCUGCAGCUGAGUCACUUAACAGCCCAUUAAAAAAAAAAAAUAAAUCUUCACUUAAAUAAAGAUUUAGGUUGUUUCCCUGGCUGUUAAUUUGUGGCACUUUUCUAUGCUGCUCUCAUUAGUGGCUACCAAUAUUUCCCCGUGGAUUCCCAAACUUGACUCAUGCUCUUUCUACUGCAGCAUCUAGCUAGGAAGAUGGCAAUGGCCCAGGAGAAAAGCAAGUCCUGGAAGAGAGAUAAAG